CAGAAUCAAUGCGAAGUGGAGCUGGGGCAGAUGAUGUCUACAUACCCACUUUAUGGUACUACGACGUAUUGUUAUUUACCAGUGAUCAGGAAAUACCAACCGCUAGUAUAAGCAAUAUGGAUACAGACGAAUUAGAGGCAGGAUGUGACAAUGGGGCAGGAGAACAUGCAGAGAAUAAUGAAUGCCAAAUACUACAAGAGCAUAAUAAUGAAAGUGAAUCUCAGGAUACUGAAUUACAAGAAAACACAGACACAGGCGUAAAAAAAAAUUUAUUAACACAGAAUUCGCAUGCUUCACAAUCAAAACCACCCCUUUCCACACCCAAAUCUACAAACGUGACCACAAGGCAAAAAGUCAAGAGCAACUUUAAUAAACAAAAUGCUGAAUUCAUGCAAUUUUGCAGAAACCAGUUGCAAAUGACAAACAAUGUUAUUAGUGAAUAUGAUGCAGUUGGAAUUUCAUGGAGCGAAAAAUUAAAACGGAUGGAUUCCACUCAAGCCAUUUUGGCCGAAGCAUUGGUUAAUAAAGUUAUGACCCAAGGAUUAUUAAAAAAGUUGACAUGUACUACAACCCUGUCGGAUACAGAGGAGACACGAAAUACUUCAAUUUCAUCCUGCAGUCGAUACACGGUAUUAUCAAAUUCUUCUGGUCAGCAAUGGCAGUUUACAUCACCAUCAGACCAGGACUGUAAUCAACAGAGGCAGGUUUUAUCACCUUCGGAGCAAGAAUCUGAUCAACAGUGGCAGGUUACAUCACCACCAGUGACAGAACAAGCAAUCGAGACCUCUUCAACAAAUAUAGUGGAUUUUUAUAAUACUGCUGCAGAUAAUAUAGAUGGGUAAAACCCCUACCUAGCAGCAAAUAUUUUCUUUUUUAAAGUUGUUCUUUUCACUGUUCUUUUUUUCUACGAAACCAUUUAUUUUUAAGAUAUACCUACUUGCUGUUCGCUAAAAAAUAAUUAUGUUUUUAUUUUUAAUAAACUUACCUUCAAAUAAGUUUCUUUAAG